CUAAUAAAGCAAAGAAAUGUCAAAGCGAUGACUAUAUAUAUAGUAUAUAUAUGCAUCUGAUCUCCGAGGUAUACCAAAUUUGCACAAGAAAGAAAGAAAAAAUGUAUGUGACAAGGCCUCUGUCGCAGCUGCUAAAAUCCCCAGAAAUUGUAGCAGCAGCUCCCGACGGCCCCAACAGUGGAUUCCUGGUAAUCCAAGACGAGGAAUCUUUGAGAUACUCUUUUUUCGGAGUCUUUAAGAAUCACAGCCUUAAGCAGCUGCCUUUCCCUCAAGACAAGGAGCUCAUCAUUCAAUACACCACCAGCAACGGCGACUCCACUGAUGUAUCUAACGAUCCUGUUUUCUUGAUUCCUGCUCUCAACUGCCCCUUGUCUUCCAAUCGCUACUACGCCGUCGUUCCCCAUCGGAAACGCAUAGGAGAAGCCUUCACCUGCUCGAGAGAAGAAGAUAAGGUGAGCUGCUGCUUCUGCCGCUGCGUCAAGGACGUGCAGUCGACGCCGUUGGACCCGCGCAACGUGUACCAGCAGUUCCAGAUUGUUCCAUACAAUGCCUUUUGGAGCUCCGACGGCCACUUCGUGGCGAACUCAGUCACGUCGGAUGGUUUCCCUCCUUCCUUCCUGCGGCAAAAGGGGUGGACGGUCGACACCAAGACUCCCCACACUUUCAAACUGGAGACGGCACGGGGCCUCGACCACGGGCUCCGUGCUCGUCUCCCGGAGUUGGAUUCGUCGAGCGUGGUGGGGAAAUGGUACACUCCCUUCGUGUUUGUCAAGGAUGGAUCGUUGAGAGAUCAGGUGAAACGAUCCAUGUAUUAUGAGGUUAUAUUGGAGCAGAGAUGGGAGAAGAUAUAUGAGGUUGAUCGUGAUCAUAAUAAGGGGAAUUCGGUGGUGAUUGAUGCUGCAGUUGAAAGGGAGGAGGUGUUUGUUGGUGGGAGUAAAGCUACGUGGAGCACAAGCGGCGGAGUGGUGUGGUUUAAGGCCGGCGGUGGCGGAGGAGUGGGGUUGAGAGUGGAGUUGGUGGAGAGGAUGAAAUGGGAGGAAGAGAGGGGAGGGUGGGUGGGAGGGGAGGGGAGGCAAGUGAAGAUUCAUAAGGUGGAGAAAUUGGAAGGAGGUGGCGAUUGGAAUGAAUUCGGAUGCUAUGUUUUGGUGGAGACUUUCAAUUUGAAAAGAAUGGAUGGGAGUUUGAUGAUUUCUUAUCAUUUUAAACAUUGUCAUAAGUUGAAGACCAAGUGGCAAUAGAUUAUCACUUCUUAGCGAUGGUUUUGUACCAUUGCCUUUCCCUUCUCUUCCCUUCUUUAAAUCUUUUGUACAAGUAUGGACACCCAUACAUCUUAUAACACUUACUCUCUUCAUGUUCAGUCUUGUGUGAAAUAUAACUUUUAUCUUUACUCUUUA